AUGUUUACAAUUUUGCAUCAGCUAAUAUUUUCAUGUCAUACUUUGUACCAGAUCUGGGCCAACAUCCAGUCAAAAUCAGAACCUUGGGAGAUCAGCUGGGAUCUGACCCAAACUAGGCAUUGGUUGCCCCUAUUUCCGCUCUCUAAGACUGCCGACCGCGGGCCACUUACAAACAUGGGACAAAAUUUCACCGCCCAGCCUAGCAGCCUGAACUACGUCGUGCUUGACGAUAGAGAGGUGCAGAGUAUCAAAUUCGAAUUGGAGUCUGUUCUAAGAGAUUCACUGAUGGAGUGGAGAAAGAAUCAGGUGAGAAAGAAGACUUUUGGGAAAGUUUUAGCUCUUGCAACUUAUUGGAUUUGGUGGAUACAAGAUGCAGAUUAUGUAUUCAUUUGA